CGAAAGUUGUGCUCGGAACUUCUCAGUUUUUCAGUUGCGUUCGCGUCGGCUAGUACAUUGUGGUGAUGUAGUCAUGACGUCGGUGAACAGUGAAGUUAACUCGUCGAAGUUGAAGUUUAGUGUGGAUAGUAUAUUGGGGAACAAUGAUUCGAGUGCGCAGGUGUCGGAGACGAGGCCGCAGGAGCCGCCUUGUGCUGGAUGUGUCGCGGCUCUGUACAGGUGUUGCAGAGACGAACCAUCUCUGCUGCAGCUCCAGCUACCUUUACCCUAUGCUCAUUUGCAUCCAGCGUUGAGGCCUACUACAGUAUACCGAUUACCACUGCCAUCAUCAUCACCGCCGCACUCGUCAACCCCACGUUGUGACGUCACGUCCACAGGCAAAAGAAAAAGGUCCUGGUCACGAGCAGUGUUCAGCAAUUUGCAGAGAAAAGGGUUAGAGAGACGGUUCCAAAUACAGAAGUAUAUCACGAAGCCUGAUCGGCGGCAGCUUGCUGCUACAUUGGGGCUGACUGAUGCUCAGGUAAAAGUGUGGUUCCAAAACCGUCGCAUGAAAUGGCGGCACACGAAAGAGGGUCGAGCGGGCAUCAACUCGGUCGGGAGCGGGCGGGACCCGGACUCCACCGCCAACGAGGACAACGAAGAUAUCGAUGUGGAUACUCUUAGUGAUUAGAUUAAGUGAAAAUUAUUUAAAACAAAUGACGAAAUAGUUACAUAUUUGGUUAGAAUUUUAUAUUUCCUGUGUCAAUUUUUGCUAAGUUUCUAGAAAAACCAAGAGAAAAACUGAUGUCACAUGUUAAAAAUCUAUUAGAAGCUGUGUCAACUUAUAUAACGAUUAAUACACACAUAUUAUAUAUAUUUUUUUACACACCUUCUUAUGUCCAAACAAACGGUAUUUACAUGUAUUCCACACAAAAUAAAAUUUGAUUGAAUUUCCUGGAAUAUUUUUUAUCCAAACAUAUCACAAAACUGCGAGCAUUGGUAAAUUGACGAAGCCAUUUAUUAUCAACAAGAGUCAACUAUUAGGCAUCCUAAUUCAAUAACGUUUUGUAAUUUAUUUUAUUAAUGUUUCUGUUUCCUAAAUACCUAAUACCUGUUUUCAGUUAACUUAAAUAGGAUUAUGAAUGCCAUAAGAUUAGUUAAUAAUAUAGUGCCAAUACAAAUUAUGAAUUAAUAAUAAUAAUAUAUAAACGAUUUAUGUUAUUUGUAUGGAGAUAAGAUUACGACUUAUAGGAAUAUUAAGAGAUUCAAAUAUGUAUAUUGUAAUAAAGUAACUAAACUAAGAAUAGGAAGUUAGGAACGAUUCAGCGCCAUUUAUUGACAUAGUAGCUAGUGGGUGUUUAUUUAAAUGAAUUAAUAAUAAUAAUCAGACGUUUGUAUUUAAAUUUGUUGUAGGAGUCAGACAAAUUAAAAUAAACCGACAUUAAAAUGUAAAAAAAUAUUUUGAGUAAAUCGUAUUUUCGACAUGCCACUAGUAGGAUCGUAUGAUCGUAUCCCAUAGAAAUUAGAACCAAUCAAGUAUGGUUUCUAAUUUGUAUCUUCAUGAAUAUGAUAGACUUGUUUUUAUGUUUUAUGUACAAACUUGUUGCUAUAUUAGAAUUAGUCAUUAGCAUCAACUUCUUGAGACAAGGUUAAAUAAAUAUAUAAUUAAACUUGCAUCCAAUUUUUUACAAUGCGAAGGCGAAUGAAAAGUUAUAAUAAAAAUUGGACUUAUUUUUUAAUUCAAUGAAAUAUGAUCUCAUUUUAUUUCUAUAAAUUAAAAAAG